AUCAAAUAUCAAUUGCCUUGUAAAUUGUUAGACAAUAUUACAAUAAUAUAAAUCACGUAGUUUUUGUGAUUGUUUCGUCAAAGUUAUUGAAACUGAUUCCUUUGUUAUUAUUCAGUGUUAUGACUCAUUUUUAUCCGCUGUUAUUAUAGGCAAAGCCACCAAUAGUUUUAUGGGUUAAAUUUUGAUUUCUUAUCGAGCAGUUUAAUUAAUUGGGAAUGUGUAAGCAUUAUUAAACUAUGUCAUUACCAAUAGACGAAAGCCCUAUAUUAAAUGAGGACAUUGAAAACGAUGUUACUAGCAGUCGUAGAACUUUGGUACAACCAGAUACAGUUGAGGAAACUACAGGAUGGAUCAAAUGCCGAACUGUGCUUGGCAUUAUGGGCUUCUUAGGAUUUGCCAAUGUAUAUGCAAUGAGGGUGAAUCUAUCAGUAGCUAUAGUGGCUAUGAUUAAUUCAACAGUACCAACACCUACUAAUGAAACAUUAGAUGUGUGUCCAGCCACACCAGCUUCCAAUGAUUCAACACCUACUAGACCAGGUGACUUCAACUGGACUGCUGAACAACAAAGUAUAAUUCUAGGUUCCUUUUUCUAUGGCUAUGUUUUAACACAGGUGCCAGGUGGUAGAAUAGCCGAAAUAUUUGGUGGCAAAUUAGUAUAUGGCAUUGGUGUAUUAUUGACAGCCAUAUUUACUAUUUUAAGUCCAAUAGCUGCAUUUAUAGACUUCAAAUUCUUCAUAGUAGUUCGAGUGCUAGAAGGUCUCGGGGAAGGUGUCACUUAUCCAGCCAUGCAUGCAAUGCUGGCUCGGUGGAUACCUCCUUUAGAAAGAUCGAAAUUUGCCGCCUAUGUUUAUGCUGGUUCAAACAUAGGUACAGUAAUAUCACUUCCAAUAUCUGGAUGGCUGUGCACUCUUCAGUUUGGCGGAGGUUGGCCUCUAUGCUUUUACCUCUUUGGGGGACUCGGCAUUGUAUGGUUUAUAGCUUGGAUGUUUUUGGUCUAUGAUACACCACAAAGGCAUCCUAGGAUAUGUCCAAAAGAGAUUGAAUAUAUCACAUACUCUAUUGGACCACAGGAAGAAAAAUCAUCUAUGUCAAUACCAUGGUUUAAAUUCCUCACCUGUCUUCCAUUAUGGGCAAUAUUAAUAGCCCAGUGUGGGCAGUCAUGGCUAUUCUAUACUCAGCUAACGGAAUUGCCUACAUAUAUGAAUAAUAUUCUGCAUUUUGAUAUUGUCUCGAACGCGCGAUUAUCAGCGCUGCCGUACUUAACCGCGUGGAUCGCUGGUAUUGGAAUCAGUAUUUUUGCUGACUGGGUGUUAGCCAAGGGCUGGAUGUCGCGACUUAACAGUAUGAAGCUGUGGAACACUGUUGCGGCCUUUGUCCCCGCUUUCGGUUUGUUGGGCAUCGCAUGGGCUGGCUGCGACAGGAUUGCUGUCAUGUUGCUGCUGAGUAUAACAUCAGCGUUUGGUGGCGCAGUGUAUGCUGGUAACCAAAUGAAUCAUAUGGACCUAUCGCCACAGUUUGCUGGUACAAUGUAUGGCAUAACGAACGCGGCCAGCAAUAUCUGUGGGUUCAUGGCACCAUAUGUGAUUGGACAAAUCAUCAGCUCUGAUCAGCAAACACUGGGUCAGUGGCGCGAAGUGUUCUACUUGGCAGCUGCCAUCGAUCUUGGCGCGAAUCUCUUCUAUUUGUUCUUUGCCAGUACUGAGGAACAGGAUUGGUCACGUCCUGAUGAUGACGACAUGACAGCAUCGGCCCCAGUCGAGAGCAUACUAUUCCCCGAAUCUUAGGAAAUGCUUGUAUCACACUUGGAAACCGCGGUGUGACAGUUGACACUGACGAGUGACAUUGACAUUGUCAAAAGUGAUUUGGCUAAAAUUUUUAAAAAAAUAGUUCAUCAAUUUGGUGCUAUUGAACCAUGAAAACUAUAAUAACGAUUUUUAUUUAAAAUUUUAACAGUUAUACAGAAAUAUUAUUUACUUAUGAAAUAUAAUCGUAAAAAAUAAUUAAUUUUGGCAGUUAUGAAGUCUGUAACUUAGUAUAAAGACUUUCCCAUUGGUUUUUUUGAUGGUUAAUUUUGCACUAUUAAAAUCUUUUAAUAUAUAAUUUGCUAAUUUAUUACAAUGCAAUUAUUAGUUAUAUGAUGUUCUUCGCUUUAAAGAUAUAAGCUGAUGCUAAAAUGUUAUAUGAAUUUUGUUGGUAUGCCUUUUAGAGUAUUAACCGACUUCAAAAUGAAAUAAACUCUUCACUAGUCUUCAACAAUUUGUGCUUUCCGAACUUUUUGAAGAAAUAUCAAUAAUAAAAACCAACUUGUUUAAGUACAAGUAUAAACAGGUAUUUAAGAAACUUCUAACAAAUAACCAAUUUGUUUCUUUAUAUUAAAAGACCAAUUUAACAUUUCAGGAUCAAACUAAUGCCAGAUUAACAUUUAAUCAAGUUAGGGACGACCGUUUUAAUAAUUUAAAAUAUUUAAGGAUUGACUUCAUCUGAUAAUCAUCCUUCGAGUACCUAUUUGAAACAAUUCUUCCCUUUUUUUAUCUUUCCAGGUUCGCCUGGAAACCACAUUCCAUUUUAAUUAUCUGAUUAUAUUUGUACUCUUAAAACAAAGUUAUUAAUAAUUUAGAAAAUUGGUUUCUUAAUUAGUACGAUGAAUUAGGAUUUUUUUGAAGUCAGUUAUCAUAUAUGUAUCACAGCCAACUGGCUUAAACAGCCUAGCCUUUUAACUAAACGGCCCUGUUUAACUAACGGCCUGAAAGAUUCGGCCGUAGGGUUUGUUACAACGUUUAAUAAACUGGCUGGCUAAUGCUUCGGCCAUUCGUACGAUAUAGUCAUUAUUUGGCAGAAAUAAAAAACAUGAAACAUAUGACAUAAAAGUAUUUCUUUUAAAAUUGAAUUGCUUAAGUCAAAUUGACAUUAUUUUUGUCACUACUCGCUUCCGUUGUACUAGUUGCUUUUCAUGAAACUUUGGACAACAUGAAAGUUGUGGUUUGCCGAUGCCAUAUUGACAGCUUGAAGAGUUUCGUUUCGAGUUUGAUAGUGGCAGGAAGUGGAAUUUAAAUUAACAGUCAACAGGCUAGGCAAGUAAUGAAACGUCAUUGAUCCAAGCCCUAGCUGUUUAGUAAAUUAGCUGAAUAUCUUUCAGGCCGCUAGUUAAACGGCUAAGCUGUUCAUUGAACGGGUAAUUAAGCUAGUUGGCUGCCACAUAUGUAUAAUUAUGCGUGUUUAAAAAUUGAUUCCUUUGUAGCUUUAGCUUUUUAUUUAAUUCUUAAUAAGUAUUAAAUGAACGACUGUGAUUAAUGGCGAAUGUGUAACAUAUAAAAAUCAUAUGUUACUUUUAUUUAAUUUUGUAAGUACUAUCAGGGUCAAGGAAGCGAUAAAAAUGUUUCUAUUAUUGUUUACGUCGAACGUUUUUGUUUUUUGACAGAACUAUUGCGUGGUACCUAUAAUGAUAGUCUGUGAACUGUAGUGAGAUUUGAGGUCGUAGUGAUGAAUUCUUUUUUUUAUGUUGACAACAACUUACUCAAAAAGUUCGAUAAUAUUUCGAUAUUUAAAAAAUAGCGAGUUAAUGAAAUGUCGCAUAAUUACCACACCGGUCCCUUUCCGCACAGACUAAUGUUACUAUCGAAAAAAAUACUAAAACGCGAUAAAGUUGUCUAUAAUAUUUGCAUAUAUAUUAUAAUUGUAUAUAUGCGUCUUGCAAAAAAACGUGAAUAACGAUGAAAAUAAACUACAAAUAUUGUCCCUGGUAGUAUAAAUAUCGAGAAAAAAACUUGCUACUACCCUCUAAUGUUAUUAUAAAUUUUGAAUUUGGUACAUCAUGCGAAGAUUUCAAUUUUAAGUAAUUUAAUAUUUGUAUCUAUGUCAUAUUAUUUUUAAAUUCAAUUUAACAUUUAGGCCCGUAUUUUGAAAGCUGUCAAACAUUUGAGAAACAAUUUUUGACAGUGACAAUACUACAGACAUCAAAACGCAUGCAAUACGGGUCAUGAAAUGAAAUCUUCACGUAAGUUGAGCUGUCAAAUAGUGACAGUUCAUUCACAGAUAAUAAUAUUAGACUUAAUCUACACUUGGUACAAAAAACUAUUGUAUUUUACAACGGCUGUUGAUUCUAAUUUAUUUUAGUUUUUAAUAAUCCAAACAUGUAACUUAUAAGCCAAAGGCAGUGACAUGACACAUAACUUCAGAAUACAAGUAUAUGUAUAUUUUGUAUUAUUCAUAUCAAAUUUACCUUUUUUAUAUUUAUAUAUAUAUAUAUUCAACAAUUGACAAAAAUUGUCAAAACUAUAUGGGCUAAUAUUUUUUUCUCUGAUUAUACCAAACAUAAGGGAAUUAUAUUUUCAUGUACUGUUGAAUAUUAACAUAAAACAGCCCCUACGUUUCGGUCAAAACAUAUCAAAAAUUAAUAACAUAAAUCUAUAUAUUAAGAAAUAUUGUAUACUGAAGGAAGACAUCAUGCAUUCUUUUUUAGUUAAUUCUCUACUACACUAAAGUUUCAUAAAUUAUUUAGUUUAAAUGUGAUUCAUAGGGUCCUAAGCUGGUUUUAACCAUUCCAUUGCAUUAAGGUAAUUUAUAGAAUCCCAAUACUUAUUUAGCAAAAUAAUAAAGCGUCAAACAAAUGUUUUUACGAUUUUAAUAAGUGCUUUCUGAACGAGCUUGACGAUCAUACAUAUCGACUUAAUAUAAUUUUGUCGGUAGUAUUGUAUUCCUGUAUCCGUUCUGACUAAGGAGCGGUGACAAAAAAUUAUCAGUAUUUAUAGCUAUUCGACUUUAACACUUUGAUUUUGUUUGAUUUUAUACUAAAAUUGUAUACAAUGUACACAAUAUGUAAUUUAAAAAAAAAUGUUUAUGAAGGAGUUUAGUACUUGACGAUAAUGUUUUAGCCGGAAUACUAAGUCUGUUUUCCAGUUUACGUCUCGAUUGAUAUACGUGUUUGAACAUCAAGGGUUAUGUUUGAGAGCCUUAAUUCCACGGAAUAGACACAAAAACCUUUACUAUUAAAUUUUACUCCAAAAUCUAUUAAUUUACGGCGCUUAUUAUGUUACCUUCGCCUAAGUUGGCGUUGUUUAUAAUAUGCCGUCUUAUAGAUACAACAUAAAUUAUGUAAAAACUUUUCGUUGGAAUUGUAUUAAUAUAUAUUAAGAACUGAUGAGCUUCGGCGUGAGAUACAUAAAUAGAAAGUCCGUACUUAAUGUACCUAACAGGGGCGGUCAUUACUCAGUAACUUCAAAUAGUGAUCGCGAUUCCAAUACUCGUUUGGAGGCUAUUUGACA